AAUAACAGCGAGAUGAAAAAUAAUUAACCAGUCAACGGUCUCUAAUUGUAAUGCAAGCAUCGGCAAGCAUGAUUGAUUAUUCUAACAUUUGCUUCGUUGCGCUAUUCCUCGUCAUUUGCGUAUGCCCACUGCUGCAUGCGGAACAGGUAGUUAUCACCGAUGAAGAAUUUCAGGAAGCUUUACGGGUUGGCCAAGAGUACGUAAGGAAAUGGGAGCAACUGGAAGCUCAGAUAUUGGAGGUUGAUCGAAAAAGUAGCGAACAUCAUGGAACGAGUAGAGCCGAUGAAAAGUAUCACUCGCGUCGUUUCAAUCCGCAGCGAUACAACCCGGAAGCGAUGGCCCAGUCAAAAGAAGCCGCUGUCUAUCUGGUGGCUCGGCAGUACCUGAGCGACAAGUUCGGAAUCCCAGCCGAGAAGAUUGGAGAUUUUGAACGGUCGUCUACUUUUGAAAACGAUGGCAGCGACAGGCAAAUUUGCGACUUUAACUCCAAGUUUCGCACUUUUGAUGGGACGUGUAACAACGUCGGAGUUCCAUCGUUCGGGAAAUCCGGUACCAUUUUUAACCGACUCGUUUUCAACCCGAGCGAAGGAUACGAUGACGGUGUGGCGACUAUUCGAAGGAGCAAAUUAACGCGUAGUCCGUUGCCCAGCGCCCGUCUCGUCUCCACUGCAGUUUUGAACAACAAAAGUUUUUCCCGUCUUGACGUCUCCCUUCUGACGAUGCAAUGGGGACAAUUCCUCGAUCACGACCUGACUUCGACCCCGACUUUCACCAAAAGUGAUGGAUCUGAAUUUCUGUGCUGUUCGGCCCAACAAACUGGCGUCAAUGUGGCACCUCCUCACCCAGAAUGCCUUCCCAUUGCCAUCCCAAGAAACGAUCCUGUUUUCAAUCCGUUGGGUGACGGCCGAGUGACGUGCAUGAAUUUCAUUCGCUCGACAUUUGGAAAUAAUUUGGACGGAUCUGUUCCCCGAAUGCGAUCACAGAUCAACGCUUUAACACACUGGAUCGACGGCUCGAACGUUUACGGAAGUUCAGCCGCAAAAGCCAGGUCCCUGCGAGAUCCCACAUCAGGUAGAGGCCGCUUGAGGACGUCCAUCACCAAUUUAGGUCGUCAAAUGCUGCCUCUGGGAAACUGCUCAGCUCGUUGUUUUGAUGCGGGCGACAGCAGAGUGAACGAACAGCCGCUACUCACAGUCAUGCACACCCUAUGGCUUCGCGAGCACAACCGCAUCGCCGAAAAUUUGUGGAGAAUUUUUCCGAGACAGACGGAUGAGUUUUACUUUCAGCACGCCCGGCGAAUCGUUAUCGCUGAAAUGCAACACAUCAUUUACAAUGAAUACUUGCCCGUCAUAAUUGGUCCCAAGAUGGCUGCCAAAGUUAAUUCUGAAAAUGGCUAUUCAAAUACUCUGAAUCCGGCCGUGUUUACCGAGUUCUCCACUGCCGCCUUCCGCAUGGGUCACUCUCAGCUGAGAAGCUUUAUACGACUGUUCGAGAGAGACGGGCGCGACAGUAGAGAGAGUUAUCAACUCUCAGAUUCGUUCGAUGACCCCUCUCGGCUCUUAAGUUCCAACUUCAUGGAUAAUGCUCUCCGUGGACUUCUUCAAGUACCUGCCGAAGAAGUGGACAGCUUUUUUGCAUUCGAUAUUACCAGUCAACUUUUCAAGCCAAAAGGGGCAACACUCGGGCUGGAUCUGACAGCUCUCAACAUUCAACGUGGAAGAGAUCACGGCCUGCCAACAUACGGUAAAAUGUUAACAUUCUUCGGACAACCUUUCCCAUCUAGAUUCGACCAACUGCUUCCGUUAAUACCGCAGCAAGUCGUCAACGCAAUGAAAUCAGUGUACGAAUCGGUACAAGACAUUGACCUGUUUAUCGGCGGAGUGACCGAAUAUCCAAUGCCUGAUGCUGUGCUCGGCCCCACAUUUGCCAAUAUCUUCGCAUAUCAAUUUUCGAAUCUGAGGCGGAGUGAUCGCUUCUUUUACAAAUUCAAUGUCGAUCAACCCACCGGUUUCAGAUCAGGUCAACUGGCAGAAAUUCAAAAGGUUUCUUUGGCGCGAAUUAUCUGCGACAACAGCGACGGCACCAUAGGUCAAAUCCCACCCAAAGCUUUCCGCACUCCCCACGAAUUAUACAACAGAUUUGUACCGUGCAGCAGCAUUCCAGGCAUCGACUUCACCAAGAUGUUUCCGCUAUAAAUAUUGAAAGAAACGCAAUGACGGGCUUUUCCUACACUGUUUGGUUUGAUAUUAUUUAGUUUAUUAAUCUCUGAAGGUGGAGGAUGCAUGGGGUACGGUGUUGGCAGCAAGAAAAACGUAUACCAAUAAAUCAAUCAAAUUGCAAUGAUUAUUCAACGCAAUUUGGUCAUGAAAAAAGAAAGAUGGAAGUUAUUACUUUUAAAUUAACGAAUUAGAAGGUAGCACAAGUUGUUAUGCCGUUUGCAUUUCCUACCCAUUAACUACGGUAUACUUAAAGGAAUAGUAAAAUACUAGAGUGCGCAAUUCGAGUAAUAUGCCCAGGGAAAACUAAACUGAACAACAAAGUCGCAUCUGCCCCAACCAACCGAAAUGACAAGUUUUUUACGCGUUUGCAGAUUGCCCUAUCCGAAUGCCUCCCCGUUGCCAUUCCGAGAAAUAAUCUGUUUUCAACAGUGUACAUUUUUAUGGGUCAAUGCCGAAUGUCCUUUCUGUCGAGUACCUUUUUUUGCCGCUG